UUUUAGAUUAUUUCAGAGAUGUAAUCUGCUGUGAGGCCUUUAUGCAAGACUUUUUCACUCUGCUUUUGUGAGGAGAGCUCGUGGUCCGAAACGGCGCAGUGUAUGACAUGAUGUUGCAGGAGAAUGCAUCUCUUUUCUCCUCCCGUUCUUUGUUGUAAUGUACAGAGGUAAAAUUAUUACACAACCCUGUAAAUCAGUUCAUUCUAUACGUGUUUAAUCUACGAAGGAAGUGGAACAUCGUGUGCCUUCUUUUUGAUAAAUUUGGGUUAUUCUGAAAAACAGUAAGCUGGACAUAGACCUAGAUUUGGUCAAAUAUUAUAAAGCAUAAAGUUCAUGCAGGUUGAAGAAUUUUGUAUAUAGUGAUGCAAUCAUAGGAUUUUUUUUUGUGGCUGUAUUUAUAAUUUUGGAUGACACUGCGGUAUAGCUAUUCAGUAUCUAAAUACAAUUACUUAAUGAUAUCUCAACACUGGAUAUUCACGAUAGAUACUUUCUCUAGAGAUGACCGUAUUCUCUCAAGAACAGAUUGCUAAGCUUCACAGUUGGAACAUUUUCAUUGAGUCACUGUGUCUACUAGGAUGGCUAUGGGAGGCUGAUGUGCAGUAUCUCUGGAUAGUAGGAGAGAGCAGCACUAAAUUUUAGAUGUGAAAAAUGCAAAGUAAGAAAAUGCAUAUGUCUGGGAUGAUCGUAGUUGCAGCAGAUGUGAAUUGCUGCAGAACAGUGAAGUACAGCUGGAUCUGAGGAUUUCUACAAUUGGCCUGAUGAAUCCUUUGAAGAAAUGGAUAGUACAUUAGCUGUUCAGCAGUAUAUUCAGCAAAACAUAAGGGCAGACUGUUCCAACAUUGACAAGAUCCUUGAACCUCCUGAAGGCCAGGAUGAAGGUGUAUGGAAGUAUGAACAUUUAAGACAAUUCUGCCUUGAGCUCAAUGGACUAGCUGUCAAGCUUCAGAGUGAAUGUCACCCAGACACAUGUACUCAGAUGACAGCAACUGAACAAUGGAUUUUCCUUUGUGCAGCUCAUAAAACUCCCAAAGAGUGUCCUGCUAUAGACUACACCAGACACACACUUGAUGGAGCUGCAUGUCUUCUGAAUAGCAAUAAAUAUUUCCCCAGCAGGGUUAGCAUAAAGGAAUCCUCUGUAGCCAAAUUAGGAUCAGUGUGCCGAAGGAUUUACAGAAUAUUUUCACAUGCUUAUUUUCAUCACCGGCAGAUAUUUGAUGAAUAUGAAAAUGAAACUUUCUUGUGUCACCGGUUCACUAAGUUUGUGAUGAAGUAUAAUCUGAUGUCCAAGGAUAACCUGAUUGUACCAAUUUUGGAGGAAGAAGUGCAAAAUUCAGUGUCAGGGGAGAGUGAGGCAUGAUGGGAAUGGCAGUACAGAAGCCUGUACUGAAUAUAAACAAAACAUUAAUUAUGCACUGUAUAUAUCAUUUUAGACACUUCAAUCACGUAUCCUCAUAGCUUUGUUUAGUAUACUUUUUGUAUGCUGUGUGCAUUGCCUUUUAAUAUGGGAAAUACUUUUAAGUUAUUCAUGAGCUGUAUAUUCAUCAAUGUGGCACUCAUGGUUUUUAAAUAAAAGUAGUAGUAUCUGUUUAUAAUGCCUGUUAAUAAAAGAAUUUACAGUUCUCUAAAAUUGCUGCUAAACAAUCAUUGAAUCACAAUCCUGAAGAUGUGUCUGAUUGGGUGGGGAAAAAAGUGAGAUUAAGAUUUUCACAGCAAGCCAUUUUUUAAUGCAGUAGCUAUAUUAAGUCUUAGUUCAAAGAUUAUCACCUUAAAUAUAUAAUUCUGCAGGAAGCUUCUUGCAAUGUAGCUUAUUCCUAAUUUAGCUUUUAUUUUUUUUAAGAUGGCUUCAAAGAUAUACUUUCGGAUGUGCAUAUUCCUGUAUGCGUAUAUCCAAAUACUAAUAGGAUCUAUAGUAUUAGUAAUACCAAAAGGACAAUUCCACUAUGCUAUUGAACAUAUAUAUUCUUGAUAUACAUCUAACUUUCUGGACUUGUUUUUUUGUUAACAGUGGAGGUUUGUGUACAACAGGGGACAGGUUCUGUCCUGUUAAGGCAGACGUCUGCUGUUCUCCAGUCCACAACUUCUCUAAAGAAUAACUGUGGCAGAAAAGUCAAUGGCUUAUACCUGUGCAUAUUCAUGGCAACCGCUUACAGACUGUAUCUCAUAAAUACUCAUGUUACACUACAUAACAUACUACCAGAGUCUUUGCUUGUAUUCCUAGUAAAAACAUUAAGUACCUGAGAUACUGAACCUGAUUGUUUGCAAGAGUUAAUCAUGUUUUCAACAUACAUUGCUUUGUUUUUCUUCAUUCACCUGAAUUAUAUUAUUUGACAGAAAGAUUUGGAUUCAUGCUUCUGUUCCCUGUCAGAUGUUUAUUUCAAGUUGUGUUUGCAGAUUUGCAAUAACUGACAAUUUCCAUGAGUGCUGCUUAAUUGUGUUAUGUCUAGAAUGAUAGAACUAAAUGUUUUAGAGAUGAAUAUAGCAGACAUACUGCUCAGCGUACAUUAAUUCAGGGUCUAAAAGCACUAGCAGUGUUCUUCUGUUAAAUGAAUUUUGCUUAGCUAAGUUAGCUGGUUGUUUCUCUCUGAGGUUGCCAGGAGCCCUCUUUUUAUUUCUUUAAGCAGGUCAGAAUGGGCUAACUCCACUAGUUUCUGUAAUCUACACUUUGUUUUCUAUGUUAUAUUUACUUGGAAAGAAGGGAGUCCAGUUAUUUUUAAUAAGUCUUUUUUCAUAAUAUACUAAACAUGCCUUAAAUUCUAUUUUUCUUUAUAUGAAUCAAGCACACCUCAAGCAACUGUACCACCUGGAUGUAAAGGGAAUUUAAACAAUGAGAAAAUAGACUAAGCUUAAGUACUUCAACAGCUGUAUUCUUCAGCAGCUCCUUUUGUCUUAUGUUUAUCAUUGUAUGUAAUUGUCAGCAGGGUAAUUGCAUGAGAUGUUGUCUGAAUGAAAGUAGCUUUAGUUACUGUCUAUACAUGUAGCUAUAACUUGCCUUGUAUAGACUAGGUUACUUGAUUUUGGUAAGUUUGUACUGCAGGUAGGAGGGCUGUAUUCUGGAGGUAGUAAAAUGUAUUUAGUUUUGUUAGUCUGCUGUAGGACCAUCCAUGGUGUGGUUCUCUUAUACAGUCACUCUGCAUGCUUGUAUUGGCCGUGGUGACCGAGACAGGCAAAACGUGUAACUGGUGUUGCUAAUUAAAUUUCCUCUACCAAACUGAAGAAAAAUGAUGUGGUGGUCAGGACUGCAUUAAAAUUUCAAACCUCUUUUUUCUUCCUCUUAUGCUUUAAGAGUUUCACUUCAAAAUAAAACUUGGAAAGUUUUAA